AUGCACGGUCCACGCUCGCAACUCACUCUCUCAUGUUUCGCCUUGACAACUCCCCCUUCAGUCAACCAAAUCUCGCCAGAGUCAGCUCAAGCUCGAGGGCCUUCCUACCCGGCCUGGCUCGAACCAGACAGACCGACUGGAGAGGCGUCUCUAGAUAGCCGUGCGUCUGCCGAGAAAGACCUACCCAAGGCACCAGACUUGUCCUCUGGCUACUACCCCAGACAGACCAUUAUAUUCUGCAGCUCCCGUGCCCUCUUCGCCAUUGCAAAGAACAAAAGACAAGGAAAGCCAACUAGUAUCGUCAACCGAGCAAAUCAUCUCCAACCUCUCUGCAUCACUCUUUCCUGCCUACUCCGCCCCGAUUCCGGAUCUACAGUUGACACCAUCUACUCGUUGACUGGCCAACUCGCUCUUCACUUUGUCCUCACCAUUGACUGCCGCCAGCAUUACAGAAGCUUCAAUUGGAGUUGGCCUGCCCUCGCUCGAGCCCAUUGUCUGCCACUGGCUAUUGUCAUUGACAAUAAGACGCGUCUUGCUGGACCUCUUCCUCUUCCUCUUCCCUCCGAGGCAGCCGUCUUCCCCCCCCUCUCUCUCUUCCCCCGGGCUCCCGCCCCACUUUCCGCCGCCGUCGCCAUCAUGAGUGGCGAUGCCGCCGCCGCCGCCGCCGGCCCGGUAUAUGACAACGUGCGGGCGAUGGAGGCCAUCGCCUCCCACGUGAACUUCGCACCCUCGUCCGCCGAGGACGGCUGGGGAGGUUUGCCAGACCUCCCCACGCCCGAGGAGAUCCUCACAACAGAUGAGGACCUUGCAGGUUUGCCGAUCAACCCGAUCGACGAACCGUGGCCUUCCAAGAAGGCCUACCUGGAAUCACAGUAUCGCAUCCUUCGCUGUGAGGGCGUCCAGGUCCUGCGCGAUUCGGUUGGGUCGUACAAGAAAGACCCCAGCAUGUCUGACAAUGCACAAACGUGCAUAUACGUGGACGUCUAUGUCAAAGGCUACACCAUGUGCAGGGUCGGGCCGGUGUGCCGCGUCAGUUUCUCCACGCGCCGGGCAUGCCGAAAAAUUCAGUGGAUGCAGUCCCGGCGUCUGACGCCCGGCACUGUUGUGGCCGUCACAACGGCCAAAGACAAGUUCCGGUCGAUUUGCAAGGUCGCGACCGUCACCCAGCGUCCCUUCACGGGGGGGCUUGAUCAAACGCCACCAGAGGUGGACAUCUCGUGGGCAAACAUCGCCGACGCCGUCUUUGACCCAGAUGAACAGCUGGUCAUGAUAGAGGCUCGGGGCGGCUACUUUGAAGCCGUGCGGCACGCCCUUGUUGGUCUCCAACACGCCCGCCAAACUCACUCGAUCCUGGACAAGUACAUCGUCGAUGGCGUGCAAGGAGAUUAUCCCGCGGCCUACAUUUCCAGAGCGCCGAACCUGGAUCUGUCUUGUCUCAUCGACCACCUGCCCGCAAGCGUUGACACAUCCCGACCAGACUUCAACGCUGCCGUCGAGUUGAUCAAGACCAAAGAUGCCUGGCGAUGCAAAGACAUCCGUGUGCCGCCAACCGCUGCUCAGGACGUGACAAGCCUCGAUGCGUCGCAGACCGAGGCUCUAUCACGCAUCGUCUCCAAGGAGCUAGCCAUUAUACAAGGUCCGCCAGGUACCGGCAAGACCUUCACAUCGGUGUCUGCACUCCGUGUCCUCCUCGCAAAUCGUCGGCCGGGAGACCCACCCAUCAUCGUCGCCGCCCAAACCAACCAUGCUCUCGACCAGCUGCUCCUCCAGUGCCAAGAAGCUGGCGCCAACAUCCUGCGUGUCGGUGGUCGCACCGAGAGCGAGGCCAUCGCAAAGAGAACGGCCUUUGAGCUCCGCAAGCUUGGAGGGUACUGCCCGGACAAAGACUUCCAGCUCCUCGAGAACCGUCGACGAGACAAGGUCGACAAGUUCGUCGCGCUGAGCCAGGCAAUCUUCUCGGAUAGUCAGCUCUUGGACCCGGCAGCGCUCUGGAGAGCCGAUGUCAUCACCGAAGCCCAGUACAAGUCUCUGUCAAACGACGAAUGGACUCCGAUCGGGGACAAUGCCAACCUUGGCGCAUUCGACCUCUGGCUCGGCGAGCAAAAGGUCCCAGCCAACCGGCGCGUGGUCUCCCUCCAGGAUUUUGACGAGGAAGAAGUCGAGAACGAGGGAGAGCUCGAGUAUGAGGUUGAUCCAGACCUCGACAACCUCAUGGACGACAAGGAUGAGCACGACCGCCUAAAGGGUACUUGGGUCUCCCUUCAACACAUCUGGACAGGCAAAGACUCCCCGUCAGGCGCCCGCCGAAACCAGGCCAGAGAACUCCUCGAGAGCUGCGAGGACGACGACCUCUACAACAUCCCCCCACGCUUCCGGGGAGCAGUCUACCAGAUCCUGCGCGCUAGGUUCCUUGCGGCUAUCUCGGCACGGUUCAAGGAUCUAUUGUCUGACAUGGUGGCCAUCUGCAAGGACCUCCGAGUCAACAAGUGGUUCAAGGACGUUCACUUGGUUGUAAAGCACCGGAUCAAUCUUGUCGGCUGCACGACAACCGGCCUGACCAAGUAUCGGGGAUUCCUAUCCGCACUGGAGCCACGCACCCUUCUCAUCGAGGAGGCAGCCGAGACGCGUGAAGCCAACAUUGCCUCUGCCUUGUACAAAUCACUGCAGCAGUUGAUUCUCGUUGGCGACCAUCAGCAGUUGACGCCCAACUGCGAUGUCCACUGGCUUGCAUAUGCUCCUUACAACCUCAACGUUUCCAUGUUCGAACGGCUGGUCAAAGUCGGGGUGCCCUUCACCAUGCUCAACCAGCAGCGGCGCAUGAGGCCUGAACUCCGCCACAUCCUCAACCAGUUUUACCCCGGACUUACUGAUCACCCACAAGUCGAGAAAGAGGCCAACCGACCUCGUGUUCCCGGCAUGGGCAAUCAGAACUGUUGGUGGUUUGACCACCGCUGGCCUGAGGAGUCUGAUGCCGACUGCAGCAAGUUCAAUCUCACAGAGGCUGAGAUGAUUGUCAACUUUGUCGGCUAUCUGGUGCAGAAUGGCGUCCGCAUUGACCUGAUCACCAUUCUCACAUUCUACAACGGCCAGCGCAAGCUCUUGUCCAAGAUGCUGCGAAAGAAUGGCCUCGUGAGCAGCGUCACCGGCCAGGCCAACGUGUUCACUGUGGACUCUUACCAGGGUGAAGAGAACGACAUUGUCUUGCUCUCGCUUGUUCGCAGUCCGAAGCAGGCAGGGAACUGCCAGGUCGGCUUUCUGGGAAACAAGAACCGUGGCGUUGUGGCCAUCAGCCGUGCCCGUCGUGGAUUCUACAUUUUCGGCAAUGUCCAGAAUGUGCUGGGUGCGGGUGACCAGUCAUACAUCCUCUGGGGACUCAUCUUCAAUGGGUUUGCCGGUCAGGACGCCGUGAAGCGCAAGCAGGGCCUGCCGCUGGUCUGCGAGAACCACGGCAACCAGACUUGGGCUAGGGAGCCAGAUGACUUUGUGGGUUCUGCCGGCGGCUGUACCAAGAGGUGCCACGGCAAGCUCCCGUGCGGUCACGACUGCAAGUUGGCCUGCCACCCCACGCCGCAUUCGAGCCUCCCGUGCAGGCAGCCGUGCACCCAAAUGCUCAAUUGCGACCACAGCUGUUCAAACUAUUGCAGCGAGCCCUGCUUCUGCCCAUGCAAUCGCUUCCAGCGCUCCGAGGCGCCGGCUCUGACGACCAGCAAGACUCCCACCGACAAGACCAAGGCCCUUGGCAACGUUGUAGCACGCAACGCUCCCAUCACUCCACGCACAGCCUUGCCUACCCGGCCGUCGCAGCCUUCACGGUCUGCUCCCCACCAUAUCAAACAGCUGCCAGUGCCGCCGCCAGCAGCAGGCAAGCUGUCACGGCCCAGGUCCAGCCAGGAGCAGCACAGUGUCGAAAAGUGGAACAUCUUUGUCAAGAACGUGUCUCAACACGAUGCCCAGAUGCGGGAGGAGCGUCUGGCUGCUGCCGCGCCUUCACAACAGAGGCCGUUGAUCACCUAUGAGGGGCAUGAGAGCACCGACAACUCGCAUGUCAAGCUGGCAGACAUGAUCGUCGAGACAUUCAAACAGACAGGUAUCGAACAGGGAAGGCGUGUAGGUGGUCCGCCCAAGCGAACCCAGAGACUCGACCCAACUGUCCUGCCGCUGGCUCCAACCACUCCUACUCGUUCCCGCCCGGUCUUAGGCGCUACAGGUGCAGGUCAUUCAAUGUCUGCAGCCGCCCAGGCAGUCUCUACGACGGCUCACUCUACCUCACUGCUCCCCUCAGGCAUGGCCUCUUCCUCUUCUACGUCCCCGACCAGGAGAGCUGUCGCUAGAUCCAACGCAUCUGGCGUCACAACUGCACGAGGCCGCAGCGGUAAUAACUCCAGCAGAGCGGAUGUUGUUGGCCGAGGCCGAGGUGCGAUGGCUACAAGCACGGUCAACAGGCAGUUCUUCUCAAAUGCCACUCGAGAUCAUGCCAGCGGCGGAGAGCGUCGCAGGGAUGCACGGGGUCAGACAGAACCUGGCAGUGCCAUGGCGGCCUAUGGGUUUGAGGCAGAAAUUCUCAACAUGUCGACAGGCCGAAGGCAAAACGCACAGACUGAGCCAGCUGCUAUGACAGCGACUCUGGGGGGAGAUGCGCAGGAGCGUCGGGAUGAGGAUCUCAAUGAGACUGAGGAGGAGUCGCUCAUUGAAUUCUGA